AAAACACAGAAGAAGACGAAGAAAAAGAAGACGAAGAAGAAGAAGAAGAAGAAGCGUUAUCCAAUCCGCUUGGCAAAUGGCGGGUGCUUUGAAAGAAAAACAACUUGUCCGACAUGUUUAUGCAGCAUUACAGGCUGCCUCGUGUCCCUUGGUGGAAGGUCUGUACCUGCAGGAAGCCGACACCAUGCUGCAGCUGCUGUGUGCUCCCUCUCAGCAGCGCACCGACAUACUGGCAUGGAUCUGCAGCAGCAUCAACCCAAGCUUUGCCAACUCCAAGACGAUGGCGGUGAAAUCCCACGGCCCAGAAGUUUUGACUAAAGAAAUGGCUGUGCUCGGGCAGGAAUUGAUGCUGUGCAAAGCAGAUGACCUGGACCUGAUCAGGGGUGAAGCGAGCCCCCUCCGGCAGCUUCGGUUCCUAGAGCAGCUCUUAACUUUAGUACCUGGCUGCAAGAAGUCUGCUGGAACCGGACCGGAUCGAGAGAUGCUGCUGAACGAGCUCUACGCUGCUGAGAAUCUGCCUCACCUCACACAGAUGCUGGAACCCACGCUGGACCCCUGGCCUGCAGACAUCAAGGCUUUACGCAAGGGCACCAGGACAACUCUUAAGCCCAGUAGAGAGGAGGCUACUGACCUCGCCACCCUUCUACAGCGGACUGAGUCAACACUGGAGCAGCUACGGUCACAGUGUGAAUUCCUGAGCAGCGAGGCGCAGAGCCCUGGCGUCUUCUCUCCGAGCUCGCUGCGCGUGGCGGCGUGCGACCUCCAGCUGCUGAUGGCGACUUUCAGCCAUGUCUUCGAAACCGACUUGAGGGCUUACUGCAGCAGAGAUCCCCCCAGCUUCAGCGCAGAGACCGACGUCUUCCAGAGAUCACACCAGCUACUGCUGGCGUUUUCUCAGGAGCUGGAAAUGCUAAAGGAAGUAUCUGAAGCUUCUGUAUCCGUGACUGAGGAAGUGAACCAGUUCCAAACACAGCCGGGCUACCGGAGCCGAGGGGAGAAGCGCAAGUUGCCGGACCAAUUGGAGGAACUCACCAGGCGAAUUCGAGACUUUUUCCCCCUGCUUCCUUCCUGAUGGCCUACCUAAACCUUGGCCAAAAAGACAUUCUGGAGUGAGCAAAGCACUUUACACCGUGUGGUAAUAACGAGAGUCCCAUCUGUCGGUGUGUUAAAACUUUAAACAGCAAAGCGGAAUUGUGACCAAAAAUGAGUGUUGUUUAUUUCACAAAGGUUAAAGGGAGCGUUCACCCCAAAGAGAAACUACAUAUUUCCUCCUAGCUUUUUUGCUAUCCAUCAGUCUAGAUUGUUUUGGUGUGAGUUGCUGAGUGAUGGAGAUAUCUGCUGUAGAGAUGUCUGCCUUCUCUCUACUAUAAUGGAACUAUUUUCUCCAUGAAACUGCUCCCAACCAUGUCUGUGGAUUAUCUUGAGUAACCGGGUCAGGAUUUCUGGAAAAAGACAUCGCUGUUGAGGUUAUUAAAUGUAUUUUUGGCGCUUUGGGCACCACAAGCAGAGUGACAUUUAGUCCCAUUACACUGGAGAGAGGGCACACAUUCCAACAGCUGAUAUCUCAAACACUCUGCAGUUCACACCAAAACAAUCUAGAUUGAUGAACAGCACUACAGCUAAGAGGAAACCUUCAGAUAGCUUCAGUAUGACUGAGGCAUGGUGGAGGUUUUGUGUCGACACAUCGUAACACUGGCAGCGAUGUUUUUUAUGUUACUAACAUGAAUUGCUCUAAGAGCAUAAAAGUUUCAGUGAGCGGGUGUCUGUUGUUGAUAAUAGUUUAAUAAUUGAACAUGUCCUUUGCCGUACUCAAUGUAAAUGUUCACAUUGUCUUACUGAAUAAAUGUAAAUGUUAAACUUCAAUUAUAUUUCCAACAGGUUUUAUAUUAAGUUUCAUUUAUCGUUUUCAUCUUUCAUUUUGUGAUGUAUCUUUUAGGGUUAGUAGUGAUCAACUUAAAAUGUCUCAGGUAGUUUAUACAAAGAAAAAGCUAAACAUUCACUGGUUCAUGCUUCGCCCACAUGAGGAUCUCCUGAGCUGCUGUGUAUCAUAUCAAAUGGAACAUCUUAUGGAUGGAUAAAACUAAAUGACAUUAUAUAAAGUGUAGUGUAGCGUAUGUGCAUUUUAAUCCCAGUCUCCUUCAUGCAGACACCUGGCCAGUCCUGUUGCUUCAAUGCUACACGGGAUUCAGAAGAAAUGUAGCACGCAGCCUUACUUUAAACCUGUCUCACGCGUGUGCACAACUCACCUGUGCGAGUCAUCGUGUUUUAAAUAUUAAGGUCUUAGUGAAGACGUGUGUGUCUGAAGUAGUGAGCGUCCAACUGGAAUAAUGAGGUUUCUCCGUUUUUGUGUUGAGAGAAAAACUAGUUCUCUUCAGGAGUUCAAGGAAACAACAGAUGAAUGAUUGAUGCACAAAUCAGUUUGUGGGUGAAGUGUUCAUUUAAUUAAACACAUUGGCCUUCAUAAAAAAAAAAAUAAUAAAAAAAAAGCCAAACCAUCUGAGAUGGAGACAAAAGCUUGAGGACUGCACACUGUUAGAAAUCUAAACAGCUUUUGACAAAAGGUGAAGCGAAGCUGGUGUCUUUUGCGAACCAAGACAUAUCUCCCUGCUUCUCUGUCUGAUUUAACAGAGUAUUAACAGCAAACACAACAAAUGAAGUAGGCAAUGCCCUUAUAUGUAAUG